AUGGGCAUCGCGGGCUUCUUUUUAUGGCUCCAGCGGUGGUAUUCCAAUUGCAUUGAGGAUGUUCCGCAAGAAGUCGUCGAUGCCGCGAUUAAGGGUAAAUCACUCCUAGGAAAGCGUGACGCCAGAUACCGGUAUGACAAUUUUUAUGUAGACAUGAAUGGGCUUAUUCACCCUUGCUGCCAUGACACACAUCCACUGCCGGAGCCAGAAACAGAGGAGGAGAUGUUUGAGCGUAUUUUUGAGCAUCUUGACCUUCUUGUUAAGAUAGCACGACCACGCAAGUGUUUAAUUCUCUGCAUAGAUGGUGUGGCUCCGCGAAGCAAGAUGAACCAGCAACGCAGCCGUCGUUUCCGCGCCGCUGAGGAGCGUUUAGAAAGCGAUGAAAUUUCGAAAGAGGUGGCGGAUGAGAUUGAAAUGAAAUACAAGUUGCCGAGGCCACUUGUUCGUGGGCGCUGGGAUCACAAUGUUAUUACCCCGUCUACUGCCUUCAUGGAGAGGUUGGGGGUGGCGAUCAAGUGGUUUAUUAUGAAAAAAAUCAACGAAGAUAUCGCCUGGAAACACUUGGCGGUUGUGUUUUCCGAUGCACAUACACCCGGCGAGGGAGAGCACAAAAUCAUGCAGUACAUUCGAUCUUUGCGAUCUCAACCGGGUUAUCACCCUCGCACGACACACCUUAUCCAAGGUAUGGAUGCGGACUUGAUUUGUCUUGGUCUUUCCACUCAUGAGCAGCACGUGAGUAUUUUCCGAAACCAACUCACCGAGACCUUUAGUGGCGAUAUGACUCGUUUUUGCCAUUUCAACCUCUCUAAGUUUCGCGAAGCUUUAAUGAAGGAUUUCAGUAAUAUUCCGGACAUGAAGUUUGAACGUGUGCUAGACGACUUUAUUUUUUUGUGUUUUUUUGUCGGGAACGAUUUUUUGCCUCACAUCCCGCUAAUCUCCAUUAAGACCAAAGGCAUCGAAUUAUUGGUGGACCACUACGUUCGCGAUUUCAACCAGCACUCGUAUCUCACGAAGGGUGGUGAGGUGUAUUUCCAUAGACUUGCUACUUUUUUGCGCAACUUUGUCGAUAAACGAAUGAAGGAGUUACAACAGGAAUACAGGUCCGUAUUACGAAGCAAAGAGCGUGCUAAACGAAAUGUGUCAGAGCGUCUCGAACAGAGCGCGUAUAAGGCAGAGGAAGUUCUAGAUACAUUGCUACCAGAUCGCUCUAACGCUCAGGAAGUGAGUGAUAAACUGCUUAGCAUACUUGUCGGUUCACGGAAAGAGCAGAGCCGAUUCGUCUCCAAUACACAACCGCUGCCUUUUUCCUAUCUCACGGAUAACUACCGGGAUCAGUAUUAUAACCACAAAUUUGGCUGGGAUUCAGAUGCGGACCGGGAGGUCUUUGAGUCGAACAUUCGCCGGUGCUGUGCCGAGUACCUUCGAGGCACGCAGUGGGUGAUGCGGUAUUACACCAAAGGCUGCCCUUCCUGGGAGUGGUAUUAUCCCUUUUACUACGCCCCCUUGUUGCAGGAUCUCGCGGCUUUUACCUCUAAGGUGGAUGUCACGAUGCACAUCAGCGCGCCGCUGCAUCCCGUGGAGCAGCUUCUUGCUGUCCUGCCUCGACUCAGCGUCGAGGCCUUGCCAACACAGCUGCAUCAAGCAGUCAACGACGAACAUUCGGUGCUUGGCUGUUUUUAUCCCGACAAGAUUAAUGUAGACUAUAGUGAAGCUGACUUUUCUUACCAGGGCGUCCUCCGGAUCCCUUUCAUUGACAGCAAGGCGCUGAGCAAAGCCUGCCAACAGCUCAUAGAGCUUGAGGAGGAUGUCGGCACAACACUUCUUUUUCUACAUGAAUCUAAUCCGCUGUGCAGUAAGCUAUACCAGCUUUUGAAGAUGAACGGGGUUACGGGGCAUGUCGGCACUCAAAUUGUAUCCAUCACAGCCGAUAUUAUGUCGACUACACCGAUAGCAGGACCUGUGAGCUUUUUUGCAGACUCAUAUCCACUUCACUCAAGACUCAAGUGCCCCGAUCCAGAUCUUGAGAAGUGUACUCCUUUUGGUUCACUUAUAGAGGAUAACGCUACACACUGCUUCUUGUAUGAUCUCAACACACAGACGAAAUACAAUCAGUCCCUUAUCAACGUUCAAGAGAGUUCCAAAACAGCAAAAGUCGGGUCCGCUAAGGCCAAUAAACAAGAACGCUCCUUGGAGGAUCUCCAAAUGCAACAAGAGAAAUCUAAGAAACGUACGAAGCGUCUGCGAUCGACUUCUCGUGGGAUGCAUUCGACUAGUGAUACAAGUGAUGGUGUAGGCAGUCCCUCUGCUGUUUCAGAGGCUAUAGUUUCUGCUAAGGAGGACUGUGUGGGUACACCUGGUCCAUCUCAGACUGCACCUGCAUCUCGUCGUUCGAGGAAAGAUGAUCAAAAUUUAUGUGCCGGUGUAAACGACACACAUAGGGAAAAAAUCACUACCCCUGAGGGUGACCAACUAGGUAAAGUCACAAGGUAUAAAAAAUUAAACAAAGAAGCAAAACCUAGGAAUGAAAAGUCUUCCGUUGUUUUGAGUCCCAAGACCACGUCGAAGGGUCCAAAGGCUAGAUCUGUGAAUGGGAAAAUCAGGCAUCAUGCGCACCCCAGCAAGAUGAAGGUGAAAACGCAAAAGCAUGUAUUAACAAGUUCUAUGAGAUGA